GUGGUGGAUGUGUGAGUGAAGGAUUUUUCGAGUGAAGAUAGGCAGAUAGGAGUGCUCUUCCCGCAGCUGUAGACCUGCACGCUGUCUUUCUGUUCCUGUUUCGUCAACUCUUAAAAUGUAAUAAAGUUACGUUUGUCUUCAACAAUCACGGCACAUCCAAGAUGAGUGACCACGACAGCAGUGCAUCAGCCUCCCAGACUGGAGACUUUGAUGAAGACACAAACAGUGAAUUAGAAGCGGACAGAGAUGAUAGACACAAGGACAGACAUGUGUCCAGUUUGUCCAGCUUCUCAACCUCUCUGCGUGCUGUUAUACGCAUCAAACAGAAGUACCAGGCCAUGAAGAAACGCAGACAAGACCUGGCCCUGAGCCUUACAGCAGCAGGGACUCAGACAGGGGCCCCGGUCAGGACAAGCCCCAAAAUCUUCACCUUUGAUGCCCUGAACACAUCUGCCGACUCUUCACUGGAUAACACUAUUUAUCAGAAGAAAAAAAGGAGACGAAAGAAAAGGGUGUUGUUUCCUCACAAUGGAGGACGCAGAGUCCCACCCAAACAGGAGCGCAGCCGAGCCCAACACUGCCUGUAUCUACUGUUCGCCAUUGUCUUCCUUCAGGUGUACAAUGCCAUAGAAAAUCUUGAUGAUCAUGUUCUUAAAUAUGACCUAGAGGGCCUGGAGAAGACAUUGCGUAGGGAAGUGUUUGCACAGCAGGGGGCAGUGGAGGGUCUCAUGUCUCACCUACAGGACUAUCUGUCUACCUAUGUCCACAACAAGCCUCUUGUUGUGUCUGUGCAUGGCCCCAGUGGGGUGGGUAAGAGCUUCCUGGGUCGUCUCCUGGCUGGACACUUUCGCUCAGUGGUUGGGGACGCUUUGGUGCUGCAGUACUAUGUCCUUCACCACUGUCCCCAAGAGGCAGAUGCGGUCCAGUGUGCUCAGAACCUGUGUGCUCUGAUCUCUCAGAUAGUGCAGCAAGCAGAGGAGGAGGAGAAGAUUCCAUUAUUGAUUUUUGAUGAGGUUGAGUACAUGCAACAAGAGAUACUGGAUGCACUGUGGCAGUUUGUCGCCACCAAGCAGUCGAACGAGUACCUGAAUGUGAUCUACCUAUUUCUGAGCAACCUGGGCCAUGAGCAAAUCACAAAGCAUUUGCUUCACAACUCAUCAAGUGACUCUGUAACAGCCUCUGGUCAUGGCUAUCUGAUCAAGGAGCUCACCCCAAUUCUACGCAACACUCUGGAUAAACUGCACCCCCUGUGGGCAGAGGCAGACAUUUUACCCCUGGGCCUUCUGGAAAAGGUUCACGUGAUGGACUGUUUUCUGGAGGAAAUUACUCGAGAAGGUUUUUAUCCAGACCAUGCCAACAUAGAGCGGCUGGCAGGAGAGAUAGAAUAUUAUCCUAUUGUAGGGGGACAUGAAUACGCCCAGACAGGCUGCAAGCAGGUGGUGGCAAAAGUCAACCUGCUAUGAAAUGUGAAUGCUCGAAGGAAAUGCUUAGAAUUCUUUUACCAAUGAAGACAUAAAACAUGGGAAGGACAUAAAGUUACAAAACUUGAAUGGCAUGAAUAAAAUGUUUUCCUUUUAAAAGAGGUGAGGCAACUGGUUUUCAUGCAAAAAGAAACCUCAUUUCCAGAAACCUAAAACCUGAGACUUCUGCCCUAUUUAUUAGUGAAUGAAUUAUUAUAAUUAUUAAAAUUAAGUGUUUGCCUGGCAAAUCCAGAAUGACCUCUGUAUUUUUAUACAGAUUGAUAUCAGUCUAGUCCCCAUGUGGUCUGCUGCGUAUUUCAGUGACACAUGUGAAACGAAGAAGCUCAUUGGUCACCUAUGAUUUACAAAUAAAAUAAAGUUUGUCUCACUUCAGAUUAACAGUUUAGUGCUUUGCUCAUUGGUUCUGCAGAAAUCCGCAAUAUUUUUCAGCGUGUUCCCAAUUGGCUAAUCCACCAGUCAAACACGCCCAUUUGAAAACGGGGCGAUUCACCGGUGACCAGACUCACAUCUUCUCAAAGUAUUGAAGUGUAUAUUGUGGAUCCCAGGCAAAUUAAGUGUAAACACAGCAAACUGGACAGAGACAUUGACAAUGUGUGGUAAGGUAUAUAUUGGUAUGUUUUAUUUUUGUGAUUUGUUUAGUAUUUAAAACUAGUGUGCCAUAAGUAAUCCUGCUUGAACCAGAAGUUCCUGCUUGAACCAGAAGUUUACAUAUACUUUAUUUUUUUGUACAGUAUAUAUAAACUUGGGUGAGUAUAGUGUAGUAACAUAUAUGGUUGGUUAAAUCUACCAAAACAAAAAAUACUCCAUAUUGCCCAAUCAUACCCUCAAGCUUUGAAAGCAGUGUAACCUCUGACCUUUGUUAAACUUCUCAUUCUAGCUGUAUGAUUGGUCUGUAGGCAAUAUUUAUUAAGAUGACAAAAACUGUGAAUGAGUCAGCAUUUCUAAAUUAUUACAUUUCAAAUAUAAAUAAUAUUGCUCUUAAAAAUGUUUAUAAACGUGGAAUAAAAUUGUUGUCAAACAGUUUUCUAGACAUUUUAUUAGUUUUUUAGUUGACA